AUGUCUGAAACUAACGUAAUCGAAGAGAGAAUCUACUUGGGCAACGUUGACUUUACCGCCACCGAGGAUGAGCUUAAGGACUUUUUUGGCAGCUCGAAUGUCACUGCAGUGGAAAUACCUUCCAAAACCAUCACCCGCGGUAAAAAGACCUUCGUCAAGCGCCUAGGGUUCGCAUUUGUGCUGUUCUCGUCCAAGGAGGAGGCCGACCGGGCCAUUGAGGAGUACAACGGCAAGGAAUUCAAGAGCCGCCACAUCCACGCCAAGAAAGCCGUGCCACCUGUGACGGGAGAGGAGAAGAAAAAGAAGACAGAGGCAUACUUUGCCAAACAGAAGGAAUUGAGAGCCAAGGCCGAUAAGAAGAAGAAGGAUGAUACUAAGGCCAAGGCGAAAGCAGAAACCACGGCUGAUGAGGGUAAAGUGAGUGCUGAAGAUCAAGACGGUGGCAAGUCAACCGCCGAAGGUAAACUAACGGGUGCAAACGGAACCAAGCCUUCAAAAGCUGCAAAUGGUGCCGCCUCGCCCAAACCUUCCAAAGAGUCGUCUGCCAAGAAGACUCAGGAUGCGUCAAAGACGCCGGCGGGUAGUAAGUCCAAGGACACUGUGUUCAUCACCAACUUGGAUUACAAAACCAAUAUCAAAGCAUUGAACAGCUUGUUCAAGGAGUUGAAGCCAAAGUGGGUGCACAUUCCACCAAGAAGAAUGCCAUACCAUGUCUUGAAAAGGUACCAGGCACAGCAGAGGCCCAUUUUCAACAAGGGAAUUGCAUUUGCGAAAUUCCCUAGCGAGGAGGUGCAAUUGAAGGCCAUUGAGCAAUUCAAUGGCCAUGAAGUGGACGGGCGCAAGAUCAUUGUUGAGGUUGCCGUAGACAGAGUGGUGCCUGAGGGUGUUACCGAGCACACUCCGGAUGCCGCUGAAGAAGCAGAAGGAGAAGCAUCCGAAAGCAAAACUGUCCCUGAAGCAGCUGAAGAUGCUGAUAGCACGGCUGCAAAAGUCGAGGGCCAGGAUUCCUAG